CUCUACCGUCCGAUAAAACACACUCCGACCACAAAAUGUCAUCAUCCAACGGCGAGAAAAGCUUGAUCGUGAGCUUCGGUGAGAUGCUCAUCGACUUUGUUCCCACCGUCUCCGGCGUUUCACUCGCCGAGGCUCCUGGCUUCAUCAAGGCACCUGGUGGCGCACCUGCCAACGUCGCCAUCGCCGUUUCCCGUCUCGGUGGUCGGUCUGCUUUUGUCGGGAAACUCGGCGACGACGAGUUCGGUCACAUGCUCGCCGGAAUCUUGAAACAAAACGGUGUAUCUGCCGAAGGUAUCAACUUUGACACCGGAGCUAGGACGGCACUCGCAUUCGUGACGCUGAGAUCCGACGGAGAGCGUGAGUUCAUGUUUUACCGGAACCCUAGCGCCGAUAUGCUUCUCCGUCCCGAUGAACUUAAUCUCGAUCUCAUCAAAUCUGCUAAGGUAUUUCACUAUGGAUCAAUAAGCCUCAUCGUGGAGCCAUGUAGAUCUGCACAUUUGAAGGCUAUGGAGGUGGCUAAAGAAGCUGGUGCGUUGCUUUCCUAUGAUCCGAAUUUGAGGCUGCCUUUGUGGCCUUCGAAGGAGGAGGCUAAGAAGCAGAUUCUUAGCAUUUGGGACAAAGCUGAAGUGAUCAAAGUCAGUGAUGAAGAGCUUAUGUUCUUGACUGGAUCUGAUGAUGUUGAUGAUGAGACUGCUUUGUCUCUGUGGCAUGAUAACUUGAAGCUUCUCUUGGUCACUUUGGGUGAAAAGGGUUGUAAAUAUUACACCAAGAGCUUCCAUGGAUCUGUUGAUCCUUUCCAUGUGAACACAGUGGAUACUACUGGUGCAGGUGAUUCAUUUGUUGGUGCCUUGCUUUGCAACAUUGUUGAUGACCGCUCUGUUCUCGAGGAUGAAGCUCGGCUUAGAGAAGUGCUUAGGUUUGCGAAUGCAUGUGGAGCCAUUACAACUACGAAGAAAGGAGCAAUUCCAGCUCUUCCUACAGUCUCUGACGUCCAGACUCUCCUCAAUGGAAACUGAUUUAGUCUGGAUUCUUAGAAGUUCACGUUUUACUUCUUUUUUGGGGCUUUGGUUUGGUGUUCAGAGAAGUGUUUGAUUCUGGUAUCGAUUUUGUAUUUUGGGUAACUUCAAUGAAUAAAAAAAAAGGUUUGAAGUAAUGAAAGCCUAAAGAACAAUUGGUUGAGCCCUGAGGAUAACAUUUAGAAACUUGCAAGUCUAAUGAUAUCUAUAUAUGCUUGCAUGUUUCAGCCCACACUUCCAUGCUACCUCCCAUAC